AUGGGUUCCCACUGUGCCAAGCUAGGCACAGGCCACAGCCGGGGCCACGAAUCCUCCAUGAAGAAGCUCGUGGCCUGCGUGAGUCAAGAUAACUUCUCCUUGUCCUCAGAGGGUGAGGAAGAAGAGGAGGGAGAAGAAGAGGAGGAGGAGGAAGAGGAGGAGGAGGAAGAGGAACUCCCAGUACAGGGCAAGCUGCUGCUGAUGGAGCCUGAGAGGCAGAAGGAGGGCGACGAAGAUGACCCUGUGGCCCAGCAGAGCCCCGAGCCCAAGCAGACGCACUCCUGA